AUGAUUCGAAGGCGGUUGCACACUCAGAAUCUCCUCCUUGCCGGUCUGUUGUCGUCGAUGGCGCUGUUUAUCUACGUCAUGAUGACCUCAUCAGGUGGUAUCUACGACUACGACGCCGAUUUCAACAUGCACAUUGGAGUACAUGUUGACACCCUACCGGACAAGAAGAGUACUUGGAGAGACUGGUGGAAAUCUAACACCGUAUUGGACGAGAAAGUCUCCGAUAAGUACAAAGAAAUGAAUCAAUCGAUGUACAGAUACGCCAUUCCACGUGACUACUCAUGUUUUUUGAAAGAUAAACUUCAGCACCCGGAACUGCCGGAUGUCCACUCUGUAUUCGCUGACCCGAUCGCUGGUUCGGUGGUUUUCGUCGGAUUGAAGUUCCGAAAACAUCAGUGGCACAAGGAAUUAUUUCUGUGCGAGUUUCCAGACGGGAACCAGACUAUAAGCGAACCAAUCAUUGACGAUAAACGAAGCUUUGGUUACAUGCCUCAAUAUGUAGUUGUGAUCACGUGUCCUCUUCCGGAACGCUACCGCUGGAGGGCGUACUUUCAGAUGAACCUUCGCAGAGCCGGGAGCGAAAACUCCUACACAAAUUUGACCGUGUGCACAUCAGGUGUCACGCCGGAGAAACAGUACCGACUUGCGGUGUGCACGAUGGUCAAAUCAUCGGACAGCUUCAUCCCGGAAUGGUUGGAUUUCCACCGCUAUGUGGGAGUAGAGCACGUCUAUAUCUAUGACAACGAGAGAGAAGAGGUAACAAAACUACCACAAACAGUCCAUGAACAUGUAAAGCAGGGCUUCGUGACUGUCAUACCCUGGUCACACAGUGUCUCCCAAUAUAAAACAUACCUUGAGGUUCAGAUCGCGCAUGAGAACGACUGCAUCUGGCGUCACAAGUACGACGUUGAUUGGAUGAUGAAGAUUGACGUCGACGAGUAUAUCCAGCCAAUGGACGCCAAGCGCCCUCUCAUAACAGACUACCUCCAAGAAGACGAGACUUUGCAAAAUCUCGCAGGACUGCGGAUCCAAAACUGGUUCUUCGGGCACCCAGAGUACAUCACGCCAAUCGGGGAUUCAGCCAUUACGCGUAAUCUUUGGCGCUCAAAAGAACCAACACUUCAGAACACAGGACAUGAUAAAAACAUCCUACGGCCGAUUAAUGUCCACUAUUUUAAAAUCCAUAAUGUAAAGCUUGGGGGCAAUGUCAUUUCUGCCGACCCUUACACUGAGCUUCGAAUGGUUCACUACCGCGUGGAUAACCCAAGGGCAAUACGAUUCGCUUUGCCAGACUUUAACGUCAGAGACAAGUCAAUGCUUAGGCUCAGAGACCUUGUAAGAGCUAGUAAACUAAACAGAUAUUCGUAA